GUAGGUAUUUUCAAUCAGAAACUGGCUUCUUUUAAAGAAUAGGAAAUGAAUAUGAUGCAUAGAUUGAUUUAUGAGUAAUGAAUAACCAACUACUAUUAAUAUAAACAUUUUGCUAUAAGUUUAUUGCAAAUUUUAAAUAUAAACUUAAAAAAUGGGGCUUUUGUCAGACCCAGAGUACGGUUCGGUAAAAUGGGUGAGGAUUCUAAAGAAGGUUCACAGGCCGCUUUGCUUCCUUUGUUAUGCUGUGGCCCUAGUAUGGUUCGUGAUGUUGGCUAACAGAGACUUUAAUAAUGAGACUUACUUUUCUGAAAAUGCUCUGCUUCCUGGGCUCGUUACCAACGAGUUCAACGGCGAGUAUGCUGCAAAGCAGUAUUUGACUGAAUUCGAGCAGGAACUGGAGGAAAAGUAUUAUGACACAGAGAAGAUACCAGUCCCGUGGCUGGUGGCCAAGAUGUCUCAGCUUCACCUAGAGGUUUACACACACAACUAUACACUAAACUACCCAUUAGGACAAGGUCAGAUUUACAAAGGCACAAAUGUGUAUGGCAUCCUUAGAGCUGCUCGUACUCCUUCCUUGGAAGCUCUAGUAGUUUCUGCUCCAUUCAGACCCCUGUCUUCACAUCAGAAGAGCACAGCAGCUGGAAUUGCAUUGAUGUUGGCUUUUGCAGAGUUUGCUAGACCACAAAAAUAUUGGGCCAAAGAUAUAAUCUUCCUUGUAACGGAACAUGAGCAACUAGGAAUGCAGGCAUGGCUAGAAGCUUAUCAUGGUCUGCAAAGUGACUCUGAAACAUUUUACACUACUCUCGGCAGUUUUUGGAAGCCUGGUAGUUUUGGUCUUGACCUGACUAAUUUUUUCCCUGGAUUUGACUGGCUUGGGAGUCACAAGAAGUGUCUCAACCCUGGACAGUUGAAAGCCAGGUCUGGAGCAAUUCAAGCAGCUAUUAAUUUGGAGUUCCAUUCUCCAAAGAUAAAAUAUGUUGAAGUCAAAGUGGAAGGUUUGAAUGGACAACUACCAAACUUGGACCUGGUCAACUUGGUGCACAAGCUGUGUGUGAAGUCUGGUAUACACCACUCUUACAAGAACAGCUACUCCUGGGUCCGCAACCGAAAUAAAGUGGACGACUGGGUGAACAACAUCUGGACCAUGGUGGGGAUGGUCAGCACGCAACUGGCCGGGGUCCCCAACGGUAACCACGGGCUGUUCCACCGGUUCGGCAUAGAGGCCGUGACCCUGGAGGGCCGGGACUCCUCGGACGGGCCGGCGCCGCGCGUGCACUCGCUCUCCGCCGCCAACUUCCACCGCCUCGGCCUCGCGCUCGAGACCGUCCUCCGCUCCCUCAACAACUUGCUGGAGGCCUUCCACCAGAGCUACUUCUUCUACAUGCUGCCCGCCACCGAUCGGUUUGUGUCCAUCGGACAGUACAUGCCCAGCCUGUGCCUGAUGUGCGCGGCCAUGCUGCUCCGCGCGCUGGCGCUGUGGGUGGGCGUCCAGCCGACACAGGAACGCAGCAGUCAAGCUGAAGACCCCGUAGACACGGAGGCCAAAGAACCAGGAGAGCGACCGCCUGAACGACUAUCAGAAAGCUCGAACCAGCGAGUGCACAACAGGAAGACGAUCAAAGAAAAACAUAGUGAUUCUGAAUCUGAGAUACCAGGAGAACAGGAUGUUAAAGAAGUAGUACAGAGCUCAGACGAAAGGGUCGCGAACAGCCAAACCCAACUAAACUUCAGCAUGGUCAAUGUCGGUGCCAACUAUCUGUUGGUGCACGUGCUGGGGUACGCCGCCAUGAACUCGCCCGUCCUCUUCACGCAGCUCGGCGCCAAAUACUUUAGUCUGCCCUCCGAGGUGUCGGUGUACUACGGCCUGUGCGUGACCUCCGCCGUGCUGGUGGUGGCCGCGCCCGUCCUGCCGCGCCUGCUCCGCCGCGGUGCCCUCACGUACGAGGAGCUGACGCUGGUCAACAUCCUGGUGCUGAUCGAGCUGUCGACGCUGUGCCUCGCGCUGGGCAUGCACAACUUCCCGCUGGGGCUGGCGGUCGCGGCCCUCUACACGCCGGUCGCCCUGCUGUCGGGAGUUGUAGUCCGAGGACGGGGCUGGAUAAGCGUGUGGCUGCAGCGUGCCGCGUGCGUCGUGCUGCAGCCCCUGGGCGCCCUGACCGCCGCCAUGUGCGUGUACAGCGUCGCCGUGUACGGGGGGGCCGAGGGGGCCGCAGCCGCCGCGGGGAGGGGCCGGGACGCCGCCAUGCAGGCCGUCAUGUUCGCCGUGGCAGACUCCCUGAUCUACGGCAACUGGGUGUUCAACGUGGCGGCGUCGGUGCUGCUGCCGGUGUGGGUGGUGCUCUGGCAGAUCGUCUGCAACAGCGUGGAGGGGCCUUCCCCCGCGCGCCGCUGACCUCAAGAUGCUAACGACAAGGAGUCUUGAAAUGGCGAACAUUACAAUUGUUUUAAUUAAUUUUAAAGACUGUUUUAAAAAUAAAAAUAUUUAA